UGAAUCAAUGGUUAAUUCCAUCAAAGGAAUCUUCGUCUCCUGUGAUGUUCCCAUGGCACAGUUCAUUGCACAUUUGAACAAUUCGUCGCCUUCUUCACAGAGAUUCAUAAUCCAAAUACUGAAACUAGACACUAUUUGUAUGUUUGUGAAGCCACAAGCUGAGCAGAUUAUCCGCAGCGAGGUCUCCAAGUUCAGAGACCAACUUUCUUUCGCAAAGCCCGCUUGAU